AUGCGGCAGCGAGAUCAAGCACGUGGACCUAAGCUGGCUGGGUUGCGGUGUGGCGACCUCCCCAUGUGGAGGGAGCGUGGGGCCGUCGGGCCGUCCGUCUGCAUGCACGGCGCGGCGGCGGCUGGCAACGGGGACGAUUGCGUGAGCGCGAGGCGACAAGCGAGGAGCUUCAGGAUGGCAGAGGCGACGAAGAUGGUGAUGAUGGUGGUGGUGGUGGUGUUGAUGCAAGCGGCUCACGGGUUCAAGCUAAAGAGUGGCUCGUGUCCUGCAGUGACCCCCAUGGAAGUGCUGGACAUGGAGAAAUUCCAAGGGCUGUGGUAUAUGAUGGAGAGCUUUGACGGGCGUGAGCAAUGCGUGACCUGGAACAUCACUCACGGGGAUACCAACGGCACGUGGUACAUCCAAGAGACCAAGGGCUCCGGCGUGCUGAGCCUCACAGGGAUCACCGGCACCUCCCUCACCACCGCCACCCUCAAACAAGGCUCCGACGGCUCUGGGAACUUGAGGGUGAACUGGCCGCUGAAUCUGGCCGGGUCGUACGCGUUCGUCGUACAUGACACGGACUACGACAACUACGCCGGGCUUGUGAUGUGCCAGUCGUUCCUCUUCGCGCACCGGCAGAACGGCAUUGUCUUGUCCCGCACGCCCAUGAUGCCUAUUGAGCAGCGGCAGAUGGCUCGUGGUAACUUCCCGGGGCUUGUGGUUGAGUACUACAAACGCGUGAAGCAGAGCAUUUGUGACCGCUACAAGCCCGAGAACCUGGCAGGCGCCGGGAGUUCUAACGCAGGCCCGCUAGGUGGCUCUAGCAGGGGCGAGGAAUGGUAUGGCGACGGAAUGAGUUUUGGUGACCCCGGGUUUUAGGUCCACCUCUCAGCACUGUGACUUUUCUCUCGACUCGGCCACUUUCACAGUUCGCCAUGAUGGGUUAGUAAUCCUCCAAACCAAUACUAAAGACUUUCCUUGUGUAGUGUUUUGUGUCCAUGUCCAAGUUUAGAAAUUUGAGGGAACCGUACGGGAAAGCUCUUGUGUCCUAUCUGGUAUUGUAUGGAAAACCUAAUCAUUAUGGAGUGUAGAGGAUUAAAUUGUCUGGUUCGGGCGAUAACAAAGCCUUCGAACCAAUACUAAAGACUUCGAAAAUUC